ACAAAAAAUAGCAAUAUUAAUCGUUUCAUGCUCUCACACAAAUUAUUAAACUAUAUUACUAACUUACUUUUGUCCUUUUUUUCCUAAGGCCUAUUGUCGACAAUACCAGCGUUGUCGCAAUAUGCUUACUUCUCUGAUGAGUACAUACAAUCAUUAAAAGGCAAUGCAACACACAUUGUCCUUAAACAUAAAAAACAAAUAGUUACUAACUACAACUGUUACGUACUAGAUUUUUUUAACAUCAUAUUUUCCUUCUCAAAAUUGGUUACUAACUUUGUCUCAAUUCCUCACAAUUUUUCUCUUCAAAUAAUAUUGUGCGAACCGAUCGGCCAAAAUCAAACACAGCCUCAUAUCCAAACAGAUCGCACCUCGGAAAACCUGAGUAUGAGUGCUCUCACUGCCAUGCUAUUUUUUGGUAUGCUGAAAGAGUUCGUAAUCGGCAACGAGACUCAUCUAUUGUAUAUAACAAUUGUUGUAAAGGUGGCAAGAUUAUCAUACCUCCGUAUAGACCUAGGCCUGAACCUCUAUCUUCUCUUGCAAGGUUAGAUGGUGACAUAGCCUCAAAAAAAUUUAUCAGAAACAUAAGACAAUACAACUGCUUAUUUGCUUUCACAUCAAUGGGCGCUCAGAUAGAUAAUUCUGUUAAUGAUGGUCGUGGUCCACCGCUAUUCAAAAUAUGUGGACAGGUUCAUCAUCGUAUAGGAUCUCUAUUACCUCCAGAUGGAUCCUCACCUAAAUUCAUUCAACUGUACAUCUACGAUACUGCAAAUGAGAUUCAAAAUAGAAUGAACUCUUUGGGGAAUAACGAUAGAAAUGAUGGUGGUUUGGACCCUGUUAUAGUCAAUGGGUUGAUAAAAAUGCUUGAUGAUCACAAUCCAUUUGCAAAAAAAUUCCGUAUGGCAAGAGAUCGUCUAGCUGAUAAUGAAAGUGAAGAUUUUAUUAUUAGACUCAUUGGUGCUAAGGAGGGUGAUCCUGUACAAUAUAAUUUGCCAACAACGGAUCAGCUUGCUAUGUUGAUUGUUGGGGAUUUCUCUUUGGACACAUUCAAACGUGAUAUUAUUAUUGAAACUAAAAGCAAAGAACUCAAACGAAUAUCCUCACUUCACCCAGCUUAUAUGGCUCUACAGUAUCCAUUGCUUUUUCCUUUUGGAGAACGUGGCUUCCAAGUUGGAAUCUUAUACAAUGGUUUAUGUGCAAAUGACAACAAUGCAUGAAGACACAUGAGCAUGCAAGAAUAUUAUUGCUACCAAUUUCAUUACAGGAAAAACCAACCAAAUCCAUAUCUAUGCUACGGUUUAUUAUCAAGUCAAGCUAAAGUGGAAGCUAGAGCAUGCAUCGAUGAAAAUAGGUUGAACUAUGUUAUUAACAAUCAAAAAAAUCUACACAUGGAAAGCAUACAGGGAAUCACAGAUGUGAUUAGUCGUGGUUGUAUUAGUGGUGAGGAAGUUGGCAAAACUAUCAUCCUUCCUGCGUCACAUACAGGAGGAAGAAGAUAUAUGAUCCAAAAUUACCAUGACAGCAUAGCUAUCUGUCGAGUUCAUGGUCCACCUGAUUUUUUUGUCACCUUUACAUGAAAUGCAAACUGGCCUGAAAUUUUGGAAAGCAUGUUUGAAAAUGGACAGAACCCUCCCGAUAGAUCUGAUGUUAUAGUUCGAGUUUAUCAUAUGAAAUUAAAUGAUUUGAUGCAUGACAUAAGAAAUGGAUCUAUUUUUGGAUCGUGCACUGCAGUGCUCUACACAAUUGAAUUCCAAAAACGAGGCCUACCUCACUCGCAUAUCAUAUUUUGGGUAUCAAAUGGCACUUCGGAGUCUACAUCCAACUUUAUUGAUUCUUUCAUCAGUGCUGAGAUUCCAGAUCCAAGCAUCGACCCUUUAGGGUACUGUUUGGUGGCAGAACAUAUGAUCCACGGUCCAUGCGGAACAUUAAAUCCAAAUUCUCAAUGUAUGAAAAAUAACAGAUGCUCGAAGAAUUAUCCAAAGGAGUUCCAUGAAGAAACUAACCUGGACGAACAAGGAUUUGCUACAUACAGACGACAGAACAAUAACCGCUACGUCAUUAAAGGGGGUCACAAGUUGGAUAAUAGGUGGGUAGUUCCAUAUAAUGACACUCUAUUAAAGACUUAUCAAGCUCAUAUCAAUGUUGAAUGGUGCAACAAAACUGUUUUUGUCAAAUACCUCUUCAAAUACGUAACAAAAGGACCAGACUACAACAAAGUUUAUUUACAAAGAAUAAGAAAUGGUGAGGAUACCCCUUAUGAUGAAGAAACUAAUGCGAGAAAUGAAGUGAAAGAAUAUUUGGACACUCGCUAUCUAUGCGACAAGGAUUCCUGUUGGCGUGUGCUUGGAUAUGACAUCCAUAGACAUUAUCCUGCAGUAGAACGAAUGCCUGUGCAUUUACCAAAUGAAAAUUACAUAACAUAAUGCAGCAAGCAACAUAUCACGAAUAUUGUCUGAAGGUUUUGUUCGAAAGACAAUGCUCACCGAGUGGUUUUAUGUUAAUUCAACAUGUGAAUCAGCACGGGAUCUAACAUAUAUUGAAUUUCCAACUAAAUGGCGAUGGGAAGACAAAACAAGAAGCUGGAAACCAAGACAUGCAAAGGAAGGGAAAAUAGGUCGUAUAUAUUAUGUACAUCCAUCUACAGGAGAAAGAUACUAUUUACGAAUGCUUCUUAUGAUCGUUAAAGGUGCUACAAGCUACGAGGAUUUGAGAAGAUAUAACAACAUAUUACAUCCCACAUUUAAGGAAGCAUGUAGAGCACGAGGUCUUCUUAACGAUGACAAUGAGUGGUACAAUGCCUUUGACGAAGCUGCCAGAUGGGCCACUUCUGAGCAGUUGCGACAUCUAUUUGUCACCAUGCUUCUUUAUUGUGAGGUUGGAGAUGAGUAUGCAUUUUUCGAGAAAGUAUGGAAACAACUAACAGAUGAUAUUCAAUAUAGAAUGAGAAAAACAUUGAAUCUUCCUUCCUAUCAAAUGCCAACAAUAGAAUUGCGAGAUCAUUUAAUUGACAAAUUAUCUGUGCUUUUCAACAAAUGUGGCUCCAAUAUAAAAGAAUACAACUUGCCACAAAAAACUAAUUCAACGGGCUCAAUCCACGACAAUCGAUUUAUUGAGGAAGAGUUAUCAUAUAACUUCGAUACUUUAUCACAAACUGCAUACAAUCUCCGUGUGAAACUGAAUGAUCAACAGUUGCAUGCUUUUAAUACUAUAGUUGAUACUGUCCUAUCAAACAUAUUUGGAUUCUUCUUUUUAUCUGGAUAUGGAGGCACUGGAAAGACUUUCCUUUGGAAUGCGAUCAUAACACACUUACGAGCACAAAAAGGAUAGUCUUAACGGUUGCAUCUUCUGGGGUUGCCUCCUUGCUACUUCCAGGUGGCCGCACAACACAUUCAAGGUUCAGAAUACCUUGCGAACUAGACGAAACAUCAACUUGCGACAUUAAAAGAGGUACAAUGCUUGCUGAGUUGAUUGAAGCGGCUUCUUUAAUAAUUUGGGACGAAGCAUUCAUGACACAUAGAAAUGCUUUUGAAGCCCUAGAUCGUUCCCUUCGUGAUUUACUUUCUUUGAAAUCUGCUCAAUCUGCUACCAUUCCUUUUGGGGGUAAGGUCAUCGUACUAGGAGGUGAUCCUAGACAGAUAUUACCUGUGAUAGAAGGUGGCAAUCGUGCACAAAUUAUAAAUGCUGCUAUAACCAAUUCGCCACUUUGGAAUUCAGUCACAGUCCUACAUCUUACACAAAACAUGAGACUUCGUUCAACGGAUUUAACAGAUAGCGAAAAAACUGAACUUGCAGAUUUUAGUGCAUGGAUCUUAAAUAUUGGCAACGACAAUAUACCAGCUAUACAAAAACCAGGAGAAAUGGAGCCCACAUGGAUACAAAUUCCUUCUGAAUUCCUCUUACUGCCCCAAGAAGAUCAUAUUUCAGCUUUAAUUGCAACAGUGUAUCCAGAAAUAACAGAAAGUUAUAAUGAUCCAACCUAUCUACAACAUCGGGCUGUCUUAACACCAACAAAUGAGAUAGCUGAUUUAAUUAACGAACAUGUGGUUGACCUUAUUCCCGGAACGCACAAACAAUAUUUAAGUUGUGACCGGAUUGCAUCACAGUCAAAUACAGGUGGGACAUUAGAUCUUUUAUAUCCAGUUGAUUUUCUAAAUUCAAUAAAUAGUAACAACUUUCCGCAACAUAAACUGCUGCUUAAAGAAGGAGUACCGAUUAUAUUGCUUCGAAAUCUAAAUCAAUCUGAAGGUUUAUGCAAUGGCACAAGACUUAUCAUAACUGCUCUAGGAGACAUGGUUUUGGAAGCUCAGAUUUUAACUGGUACACAUGCUGGAAAGAAAGUUCUCAUUCCCAGAAUAUGUCUGGUGCUUAAAACAAACAAAAAUCCAUUUGUACUCGAAGGAAGGCAAUAUCCUAUAAAAAUAUGUUAUGCUAUGACAAUCAACAAAAGUCAAGGACAAACACUCUCACAAGUUGGCAUCUACCUCAAAAAGCCUGUAUUUACUCAUGGCCAGCUUUAUGUUGUUGUUUCUCGAGUAACUUCAAAAUCAGGUUUACACAUUUUAAUUGAAGACGAAGAUGGUCGAUCAAGCAAUGAGACAAGGAACAUAGUUUACAAGGAAAUAUUCAAUCGCAUACCUAUGAAUGUCGAUGCUACAACUUCAUAGUACCCUAAAAUAUUCACUACACGUACACUAUCUACUAUUAUAUGUAUUAGUAAUGCAUACUAUGGUAAGUUUAUACAGACCAUACCCCAUUAUAUGCAAUUCAUUCAUACCGAAACAUACACACAAGUUUAUUCUAAUAAUCAUAUUCAAUUUAAAAAGUUACAAGUUCUUUUUACAAACAUUAUCGGCUCACUAUUUUCAAAUGCCUAUUUUACACUACAUACUGAUAUUUCUUCUGCAAUUUAUUAUUCUUGCGUCGUUCUGUGUGCUACUACUUACAUCAAUCAUACAUUUUUACAUUCCGCUUACAUAUAUACCACUAUUUUUCAACACUCAACAGUUCGUUCAUAACAUUGACAUCUUUGUUUGUUAA